GUUCGAGGUCCGAGCAGACAUCGUUGAAUACACCCUCCACCUAUUCUCUCCCUUACACCUUAGUGUAUCAAUCGUCGCCAUGGGUCAAGGUCGUCGCAUGAAGAAGCAGGGCAUGCCCGAGCCAUUAGACGAGUCGCUUGUUACACGGAAACGAAAAGACGCGCCGGCUGCAGUAGACCCAGAGCGAAAGAAGAGAAGCAGAACAGCGGCUAGAGAGGCUAAAGAGGCCAAGGCCAAAGCUGCACCACCGAAGAAGGCUACAGUAGUCAAGGGACCCAAAGUCAAUGGAGCCAAGACGAGGGUCAACGGAAAGCCUGCGAAGAAGUUCGCUCCACCGCCAUCCAACGAUGAAGACGAAGUCUCGGACAGCGCAGAUGCCAUGGAAGAUGACCUACAAAACGUAAACGUCACUGGACUCGAUGCGCUUGGCAGUGCAUCUGAAGACGAGGACGAAAUUGACGACGAUGCAUUCGAUUCAGAUGUCAUGGACUCGGACACAGACGUCCGGAAGGCCAUGUGGUCAGAUGACGAAGACGACGAGGACAUCGAGGAGAAGCUCACAGCGGCAAACAUUGCAGGUCUAUCGCGAAAAUUGGACAUGCAGAAAGCCAUCGAAGACGCGGAGGCACAAGCUGAGCUUGAGGAGGGGAACAUGCAGACGAACAUCGCUGGAGAGAGGCCGAAGAUCUUGGAAGAUGCGGAAGACGAAGAGGGACGCCCGAUAACGAACCUCGUCACACAGGACAUACAGCUCCUCCGCACGCGGUUGAACGACACUAUCCGAGUUCUUGACGAUUUCAAGAAUCUUGCAGAAGAGGGCCGAUCAAGGGCAGAGUACCGAGCACAGAUGUUGAAAGACAUUUGCGCUUACUAUGGCUACUCUGAAUUUCUUGCCGACAAGCUCCUCAACCUCUUCCCCCCUCGCGAAGCCUUCGCCUUCUUCGAAGCCAACGAAACACCCCGCCCCAUUGUCAUUCGCACAAACACCCUCCGCACACAUCGUCGUGACCUCGCACAAUCCCUCAUCAACCGCGGCGUACAACUUGAGCCUGUAGGAAAGUGGUCCAAAGUCGGUCUACAGAUUUUCGAGUCGCAAGUACCUCUUGGUGCUACACCUGAGUAUCUGGCUGGCCACUACAUUCUUCAGGCUGCUUCUUCGUUCUUGCCUGUCAUGGCGUUGGCGCCACAAGAGAACGAGAGAGUGCUGGACAUGACUGCCGCCCCCGGCGGUAAGACGACGCAUAUCGCAGCGUUGAUGAAGAAUACUGGGUGCAUAUUUGCGAACGAUGCGAACAAGGAUCGUUCCAAAGGUCUGAUCGGUAACAUUCACCGUUUGGGAGUCAGGAACAGUGUUGUCUGUAAUUACUCUGCGCUCGAGUUCCCGAGGGUUAUGGGUGGGUUUGACAGGGUAUUGCUCGAUGCGCCUUGCUCCGGCACUGGUGUCAUUGCGAAGGAUGCUAGUGUCAAGACCAACAAAACCGAAGCCGAUUUCAUGAAGCUGCCCCAUCUCCAAAAGCAACUGAUCCUUUCGGCCAUCGAUUCCGUAGAUCACCACAGCAAGACGGGCGGCUACAUCGUGUACUCCACCUGUUCAGUCACAAUAGAAGAAAAUGAGCAGGUCGUGCAGUAUGCAUUGAACAAGAGGCCUAAUGUCAAGCUCGUUGAGACUGGACUUACGUUCGGCAAGGAGGGUUUCACAAAUAUUGGAGGCAAGAUCUUCCAUCCUUCGAUGAAGAUGACGAGGAGAUACUAUCCCCACACGUACAACGUCGAUGGCUUCUUCGUUGCCAAGUUCAAGAAGAUCGCUGCCACGCCACUCAACGCUGUGGGCGCCAAUGAAUCAACCAAGCCCAAAAGUAAGACUGCGACAAAUAAGGUCGUUCAACUCGAAGUUGUUGAUAAUGCCCCGAUUCGUGAGGAAGGCGACGAGUCCGGAUCAGACUUUGGUGACUUUGAUGAAGAGGAGGAUCAGAAGUACAUUGAGCGUGGACAGGCGAAGGAUCUACGUAGGAAGGGCAAGAACCCGAAGGCUGCACCGCCGCCAAAGGGUGACAAAGCUGCAAAUGGAGCUGAGAGCAAGAAAGUUCAAGAAGCCAAGAAGGAGGUCGCUGCUGUCAAUGUUGAGGAGCAAGCUAACAAGAAGGAGAAGAAAGCUGAUGGAACAAAGGGGGCCAAGGUUGCCAUAUCAAAUAGUGUAAGCAAGAAGGAGAAGAAGGCUGGUGGGGCUGAAGUAGCUAAGCCUACCAAGUCGAAUGGCGUUAAUGGUAACGGGGGCGAAGCCAAGUCGAAGAAGGAGCGGAGAAAGAGCGGCGAGAAGAAGAGCAAGGCAUAGUUGUACCUAUUAGCGGUUGCUGUCAUAAAGCGAGCGAGACUACGAAUCAACGAGAUCCUGAUUCGCGAAUACUGUCCACCAGUCUACUUAUAUGCACAAUCUUAAUGUUCUCAGAUCAUAUCACUUCACGUUGUAUACAAUUCAUCAAUCAC